AUGGAAUCGACGCGACCCAUCAAAGAGAGCGAUACAUGCGUUGGCAAUACUCUCGUUGAGAAGCCAUCCAUAGACGACAAGCCAUGCGAAUCAGACAUACCUACAACGAAUCCUCAUGGCGCGUCCCCUUCGCCUACCGAGGAUGACGACGACAAGAGCGACGCAGCAUCCAUUGGCGGCCAAAGGAACACUAUGACAUCGACGCAACUUCGAAUCGCAAUCCCCGCACUAUCAGUCUGUCUCUUCGUUUCGUUCAUCGACCAAACCAGCGUCUCAACAGCAACACCCGCGAUCGCUGUGGAUUUGAACACCGGAACUGCAACAUCAUGGAUCGGUACAUCGUUCCUGAUCGCAUCGACGGCGUUCCAACUGAUAAAUGGUCGUUUGUCGGACAUUUUUGGUCGCAAGAAUCUGUUGUUGAUCAGCCUCAUGUUGAUGGCUCUGGGAGACCUUGGAUGUGGCUUCGCGCGGACUUCAGUGCAGCUCUUCGUUCUGCGUGCCAUUGCUGGUAUUGGAGGUGGCGGCAUCAACAGUCUUGUCAUGAUCAUCGUUAGCGAUAUUACGACGUUACAGAACCGUGGCAAAUACCAAGGAUGGCUAGGUGCAGUCAUCGCCCUGGGGAAUGGUGCAGGACCUUUUCUUGGAGGCGCUAUCGUUGAAGGCGCGACUUGGAGGUGGGUGUUUUGGAUAAUACCCAUCAUGACUGUACCCACCUCUAUGGUCAUCCUGUUCUUCCUACCGCUCAAGCAUCGGUCUGGUGACUACCUCGCAAAGGUCAAGAAGAUUGACUAUGGCGGCAUGGUGCUGAACAUUGCAUCCACCUUGCUCGUGCUCAUCCCCCUGUCAGGAGGUGGUGUGACAUAUGCAUGGGGAUCUCCCUUCUUCAUCGCCUGCACUGUCACCGGCGCCGUGCUAGGUGUACUAUUUGUACUCCACCAAUGGAAACUCGUCGCUCUCCCGAUCAUGCCGCUUCGAUUAUACCGCGCGCCGCACUGCUGGGCACUUUAUCUACAGACGUUCCUCAUCGGCCUGGCUUACUUCGGCAACUUCUUCUACCUCCCUAUUUACUUUCAAUCGGUCCUCAGGUACUCGCCCCUGGCCUCGGGUGCUUUGAUUCUACCAGUAGUCAUCACGACAUCUUUUGCGUCCAUCGCAUCUGGUCAGUACAUGAACCGAGUCGCCAGCUACAUGCACUGCAUCCUGGCCGGAUUCGCCCUCUGGACUCUUGGAAGUGGCCUCACCCUACUAUUCGACCGGGACACGGGUCUUGCUGUGUUAAUUGUUGUACUCAUCAUAGAGGGUGCCGGUAUUGGUCUGACGCUCCAGCCGACGCUUGUAGGCAUGUACGCGAACAGUCGCAAUGAAGACCGCGCUGUGACAACUGGCUUACGCAACUUCAUCCGCACUAUCGGUGGCGCUUUUGGUCUCGUCAUCUCGGGAGUUAUCCUUUCGAAUACGCUCAGCAGAGAUUUGUCCAAGCGGCCCUUUGUUUCGGAUACCCUAAUGGCCCAGUUGACUUCCUCAACGUACGACCUCAAUAAGUUUGGCCUCUCUCUGGACGAGAAAGAAGAGGUUUUUGAUACCUACAUGCUUGGUCUGCAUUACAUCUUCAUCUUUUUCACAGUAUGCUCAGGUCUUGGUCUGGUUCUGACGUUCUGGGUUGGAAACACCAGUUUGAAAGCGCCGAAAAAGCCGGACGAAGAAGAAGGACAGCCGAUAGAGUCGCAGGACGAGCCCCAGCAGCAAGUCAUCCAAGGUCGAGAAGUCGCGUCGGAAGGGGAGGUCUUUGAUGAGAAGAGGCCAAUGACAGGGGAGGCUGACGUAGAACGCAACGUUCACACAAGAUGA